UCUCGCCCCGUCUCGAUCGGACGUGUGCAAGCUUCCGUACCCAGAGACCCGCGUACGUGUUCUAUUGCAGCCGAGGAUAGUUGGAGCUGCCAGGUUGAUGUCGGUGAAACCAGGAAGUCCCCAACCAGAUAGCAGCAUGGAGAAGAAGCCCAUGGCGGGGAUCCCCCGUGUAGGGGGCACCACCAAGUUCAGCGCUCCAGUGCACAUUGACGUGGGAGGGACAAUUUACACCUCGUCCUUGGAAACUCUGACUGCUUUUCCUGAGUCAAGACUCGGUAGGAUGUUCAAUGGGACUAUUCCCAUAGUCCUGGACACCCUGAAGCAACACUACUUCAUCGAUCGUGAUGGCGAAAUGUUCCGCCACAUUUUGAACUACCUGCGCAACAAGAAAUUGCUCUUGCCGACUGAUUUUACUAACCUGGACUUGUUGCUUCAUGAGGCAAUUUUCUUUGAAUUGGAGCAUAUGGCGUUCGCUGUGAACAAGCUGAAGACAGAACGUGAUGGCAUCAAGCAGGAAUGGUUCGACCAGAACAACGAGAGGCUGAAGGAGGAGGCGGAGCUGCUUCUGCAGGAGAGAGACAGGCUGGAGCAACGGUGGUCCUGAAUGGGACAGGGCCAUUCAUCAGAUUCCAGUUCUGAUGAUGGCGGACCGUCGUGUAGUGGUGCGAAAAGGCGUCACCUGUAAACGCCCGUCAACCAUUGCACUUGCACGUUUUU